UCUCAGGUCUGGAAGUGGGGGGGUUAGAACAAGAUGGCUGGGAGCCAGGAUGCCUGGGUUGUUUCCUGCUUUGUCUCUCAAAGUUUCCUAUUAUGGCCUGGCAAGGCGGUCAGGCCCGGGGCGUUCCCGCCCUGGCAAGACUACACAAGUCCCUCUGGAAUGCCGGCUACACCCCACUCCAGAAGCGGGGGGGCUCCCAUACACACCCCCUAGUGCACCGCUGCGGCCAGGCUCCUGCGAGAAGCUGGGGGGCAGGAAAAGACUGGCUUUCCUGACAGGGUCAAGCCAGCUGGGCACCAUGUCUGAUGGGGAGUGGCCUCGGAGUGGCCUCAGCCAGGCCAGCAGUGUCCUCACCAUCUCCUCUGUUACCCUGGGUGCCAAGCCGAUUCGCUCUGUGCGAAGGGUCCACACCUUUGGGAAGAGGGGGAACUCCAUCAAGAGGGAUCCUAACUCUCCCGUGGUCAUUCGGGGCUGGCUGUACAAGCAGGACAGCUCUGGCCUCAAGCUUUGGAAGCGCCGUUGGUUUGUCCUGUCUAAUUACUGCCUCUUCUAUUACCGAGACAGCAGGGAGGAGAUGGUCUUGGGCAGCAUCCUCCUGCCCAGCUACGAGAUCCGGAUUCUUCCGAAGGAGGCCAAAAACCGGCGCUUCACCUUCAAGGCAGAGCACCCCGGCAUGCGGACAUACCACUUCAGCGCUGACACCCAGGAGGACAUGAACGGCUGGGUCCGCGCCAUGAGCCAGUCGGCAGCAGCAGAGAGCGAACGCAGCACCUUGAGCCGGGCCCCUGCUCUGCCCAUGCCUGUGCACCCCCAGGACAGGCUGUAUGCCAGCUUUGAGGACGUCACGCAGGCUGUGCCACCUCAGGCCCUGGCACCUGCCCCAAGCGCGGAGUCCCUAGAGAUCGCCCGGCUGGCAGAGCCCCAGGACAGGGUCCACUCGUCCUCAGAAAGCCUGCCCCCAGCUGGCCACGGGGAAAAUGGUGAUGGGGGGUCUGUGCACAGCGCCACGGCUGGGCCCCCCAGCCCCACCAACAGGGAAUGGGGCAGAGGAGAGGCAGCUGGGCGGAGCUUGCUCUGCUCCCAGACCCCCCCAGGCCAGGCACCCUCUGAACCCGAAUCAGCUUCUGGGGAGCCCCACAGACCCCCCCCACCACAACAGCCCCCCUCCCCUGCCCUACCUCUGUCUGACCCAUCCCCUUACCCCCCAGUCCCAUCCCCCUUUCUCUCAGCCCGUGCCUCCCACUCCUACUCCCUUCCCCCAACCCCUGUUGAGCUCUCCAAGGCCCCGGGGGCUCCCCCUAACCCCUCCACCCCUCCCCAGACCCGGCGCAGAGCUCGAGCAGCCCCCCUGGCUGCCUCCUGUGAAGAGCUCCCCAUCCUGGCCCACCCCUGGCACAGCCGUGCCUUGGUGCGGCCCCAUACCCCUGUGGGUCGGAUGGACAUUGCCCCAGGCUCCAAGACCUUGGGGGAUCCCCAGGCUGUGGGUGGGACCAGGGGCAGGUCGACCCUGGGGCACCCCCAGACCCCCUCGGAGCGCUACGACAUCCUGCCCUAUGAAGACCCCUAUGCCCGGCCUCUGGGGCGCUACCUCCGCAGCCCCCACCCCACCCGGGCGCGGCCAGGCACCCCAGCAGAAGAGCUCCAGGGGAACACGGGCACAUCGGGCCACAGCCUGGGGAGGCCGCACCGGGGCCGGAUCUCCGACAGGGCUUUCCCUUUCCCAGGGGGUGGCCCCCCUCGUGCCCGCCCCCAUGGCCGACUGGUCACCCCUCAUUCCACCUCCUCCAGCCUCCUCCACCUCCCGCCGUUGCCCCCACCCCCCAGUCGCCCCUCCCUCCAUGGGAAGAGACCUUUGCUGACCCACACGCCCCGGAGUCUGGCCCCACUACUCCACGAUAGGAGCCAUUUUCUGUCCACUCCUGGCUCUGAAGGUGACACGGAUGUCCUUCUGACCAAACUCUGCGGCCAAGACAAACUGCUCCGGAGCCUGGAGGAGGAGACAGGCCAUCUGCGGGCUGAGAAGGAGAGGCUGGAGAAAGCCCUGGAAGUGACCCGCCAUCAGCUGGAGGACUUCAAAGGGCACGACCUGGCCACUGAAAAGAUCUGGUACCAGCAGAGGCGGUUGCAAGACGAGCUGGUCCAAGUGAGAGCCCAGCUAAGCGACCUGGCACUGGACAGCGAAAGGGCCUGGGCAGAGUAUGCUGCUCUUGAAAAUGAGCUACAGAUGCUGAGAGAGACCCUGGCACAAAUCCGGCACCUCGGGCACCCCCACGAGCAGGAGGCCGCGCAGCAGGAGCUGUGGAUGAUUGAGGACAUCCUGGCAGGGCUGAAAACCCAUGGUCCCCCCUGCCCCGUGCCAGACACCAGGAGAUGCCCAGGGCUCUCCCCAGCCACCUCCCCGGUUCUGGAGCAUUGGGUUGGGUCAACUCCCAGCUCCUUCCCCUUCCCAGGGCUGGAGGAACCCAGGGAUCCCCAAGAGCUACUGCUAAUGGUUCCUGGAGUCACUCCCCACAAGCUGCCUCUUCCCCUGCCCCAAUCCACGCCUGACCAUGAGCCUACGCUGGAGCCCACUGGGCGGAUGGACCAACCGGCAGCUGGGCAUAGCCCACCUGUUUCUGCAGUGUUUGGGGGAGCAAACUGGGGCUCAAGGCCCCCCCAGAGUCCUCCCAGAGGAGGGGCCAGAUCACCAGAGCCAGAGAGAGGGAACCCUAACCUCAUUGCACCAGGUCUUGGCUCCCAAACUGCUGCCCUCCAUCUCCCAUGGACCCCCAGCCCAACAUCUUAUGAGCCGUGGGAACAGAGACCAGUAGAGCUGCCUGCCAAGGUGAGUGUCCCUGUCCCCUCCACCCCGCACCGCACACGGAUGAGUGCCCAGGAGCAGCUGGAGCGGAUGCGGCGCCACCAGGAAGCGCAGCGGUCACAGGAUGGAGGCAGGCCUAGCCCCCCGGGGCCCCGGCGCAGCUCCCUCCGGGGCAGUGCCAGCCGGCUACCCCUCCUGGUCCCACCCCCCAACCCAGGCCCAGAGCCAGCCCAGCCCUGCAGGGGGGGUGCGAAUGGGGGGCCCUGGGGUCCCUGCGUCCCAGGGGCCAAGAGAGACCGGCAGCAGAUUGUCAGCCUGUCCUACACCCUGGCAAGCGAGGCCUCUCAACGCAGCAAACUCAUCACAGGGAGGACCCCGUAUGAGCCCCAGCUUGGGGGACGCAAGCCCCACUCAGAGCCCCACCAAGAACAACUGGAUGCACUGACCAAUCAGCAUCUCAUGCUUUCUGCCACACGCAUCCAUGGGGAAUACCAGGCCAAUCAUGUUGUGGCUGAGAGAGACUGCUCCCCAAAUCAGCCUGCAGUGUUUCCUAUCAGCACAGGGCUACAGUCAGGAGCAGCCAGUCAGGGCUCACCUCUGUCUUGGAACUCUGAUUGGGCAUUGCCCAUUCUUGAGGCGUCCAGUCGGAUAUCGGCUUUGUCUGAGAUGCCCAAUCAGGUGUCACCAUCUUGGACAGAGGCAACCAAUCAAGCUUCAUCCAUGCCUGAUACAUCGCUGCCUGAACCAACCAAUCAGGUGUCAGUUUCACCUGAGGUAUCCAAUCAGGUGUCCUCUCCUGCACCAUCCAAUCCUGCCACCGCAAGGGGUUAUGGGGAGCAAAGGAUUGUAGGAAAUGAGGGUUUGGUUAAUGGUGGGUAUCAGGGGCAGAGUGGGGGCACCAAACCCAGCCAGGUGAGAGUGCACCUGAGCGAAGCCAGCCAGCCAAUCAGAAUUACACUGCUUCAGUCUAGCUUCUAGCCCAUUGGCUGUGGAGUGGGGCUAAGUCCUGCCCUCAGGGUGCCCCCAGAGGAGGAUGCAGUGCUGAAGUCCUAGCUGGGACUAUCCCAAGUCCACUGGGGAUGUAAGGGGGAGAGGGAAUACAGGCUGGGGGGGGGUUUGGGGGCCU